AUGUGUGGCAACAAUUUUGGUGUCAUUACGUGUGAAUCGUGCAAGGCCUUUUUUAGACGAAAUGCACACAAAAUUAAUGUAUUUGAGUGCCUUUUUGACAACAACUGUGAAAUCACUUCAAAGACCAGAAUAUUCUGUCGGACGUGUCGUUUGAAUAAGUGUUUUGCUGUCGGAAUGAAAAAGGAAUUGGUAUUAACCGAAGAGAAUAGGAGUAAAAGGAGACUUAAAAAUGAGUCCAAACGACAGCGACAAAUGAAAUGUAGUGAAAACACUGAAAGUCCAUCAGAUAUGACCGUCACCUCUAGCGGUGAUAAUGUCGGCACAAUUGAUGGUCAAACACCUCGUGAUAACAUGAGUAUUACACGCCCUGAAGACAAUAUUACAUCACAUGUGGUUAACUAUAACCCCCCGAUCGCUACCAUUGAUCGACCCAUCGAUGACUAUAACCCAAAGACAUUGAAUGAGAUUGAGUUCACUCACAUCCGGGAACUGUUGUCUGCGACCAAUCAUUUACAGCGACAUAACGUACCGAUUAUCACAUCAGAGCUCAUAUCUUGUCAUCAAUUCAGAGAAUCGUUAAUUUUUAAAUGCGAAAGCGAUAUACCCUUAUAUGUAAACAUGGUCAAACAAUUGCACGGCUUUAAUAAUUUGUGCGAGAGUGACCAGAUUAGCUUGUUGAAAUACGGGCUUGUGGAAAUGACCGUGUUAGGAUUUACUGUAUAUUACGAUAAGGGUAACAAAUCAAUCAGGUUUAAGAUCGAGAGCAAAGAAUAUCCAAUUCUGGACAACAAAAUUGAUGAACACUUCAAUGUAUUGCUAUCGAUGUUAAACUAUUGGGAUGUUGACUGCUAUAUUAGUAUUCAACCCAAAGCGGCCAAACCUCAUAAACAGGGAAACUAUUAAAUUUCAACGCCACUGUUAUAUGCAUUUAUUGAGAAGAUAUUUACUACUGAAAUACGGGUCCGACUGUGAGACAUUUGUGAAGACAAUUACGUGACAAAUAUAUACACAAAACACAUCGAC